AUGUCGGUAUUCUUUGUUGUUUUUAUGGGUCCCCGGGGAGAUGUGUGGAUAUGUGGAUCCUUGUGGUUGUGUGUGGGUCCCCAGGGAGAUAGGGUGGAUGUGUGGAUCCUUGUGGCUGUGUGUGGGUCCCCGGGGAGAUGUGUGGAUGUGUGGAUCCUUGUGUGUGUGUGUGGGUCCCCGGGGAGAUGGGUGGAUGUGUGGAUCCUUGUGUGUGUGUGUGGGUCCCCGGGAAGAUGGGUGGAUCCUUGUGUGUGUGUGUGGGUCCCCGAAGAGAUGGGUGAAUGUGUGGAUCCUUGUGGGUGUGUGUGGGUCCCCGAAGAGAUGGGUGAAUGUGUGGAUCCUUGUGGGUGUGUGUGGGUCCCCGGGGAGAUGGGUGGAUGUGAGGAUGAUUGUGGGUGUGUGUGGGUCCCCGGGGAGAUGGGUGGAUGUGUGGAUCCUUGUAUGUGUGUGUGGGUCCCCAGGGAGAUGGGUGGAUGUGUGGAACCUUGUGGGUGUGUGUGGGUCCCCAGGGAGAUGGGUGGAUGUGUGGAUCCUUGUGGGUGUGUGUGGGUCCCCGGAGGAUGGGUGGAUGCGUGGAUCCUUGUGGGUGUGUGUGGGUCCCCGGGGAGAUGGGUGGAUGUGUGGAUCCUUGUGGGUGUGUGUGGGUCCCCGGAGGAUGGGUGGAUGCGUGGAUCCUUGUGGGUAUGUGUGGGUCCCCGGGGAGAUGUGUGGAUCCUUGUGGGUGUGUGUGGGUCCCCAGGGAGAUGGGUGGAUGUGUGGAUCCUUGUGGGUGUGUGUGGGUCCCCGGGGAGAUGGGUGGAUGUGUGGAUCCUUGUGGGUGUGUGUGGGUCCCCAGGGAGAUGGGUGGAUGUGUAG